CAAGUCUGUGAAAGCAACAGAUACGUUAAUAUUAAAAACAAGACACGUUUCCACAUGUUCAAACACAGUAGAGUGAGAAAGAGGAAAAUGCUGAGCAGCAGAACAUCAGGAGAGACGGGAAAUCGCACAUUAACUUCCCGUAAAAGACAGACAUGGCCAGCAAAUACACUCGCCUUGCAGAGCGAGAAGAACCAGAGGAACCAGAGAAGCCAGAGCUCAGGAUUUUGCUUCUUGGAAAAACUGGAAUUGGAAAAAAUGCAUCUGGAAACACGAUCUUAGGAAAAGGGAAUGCUUUUGAAUUGGCAUCAUCAGACUGUCAGAAGGAAACAGGAGAGUUUGAAGGUCAAAAACUGGCUGUAGUUGAUACUCCAGGUCUGCCUGACACCAGUAAAACUGAAGAGGAGUUGACAGCAGAGAUGGAGAGAUGCAUCUGCUUUGCUGCUCCUGGUCCUAAUGUGUUCCUGGUUGUGAUUCAGGCCAACGGAUUCACAGAUGAAGAUAAAAAAACAGUGAAAAUGUUUCAGAAGAUGUUUGGAAAAAGGUCAGCAUGUUUCACAUUAGUUUUGUUCACCAAUGGAGAUGACCUGAAGUCAGAUGGAGACACCAUAGAAGAAUUAAUCAGUAAAAAUCCAGCUCUCAGUGACUUCAUCAGUCAGUGUGGUGGAGGAUAUCACAUCUUUAACAACAGAAACAAGGAUCCCUCUCAGAUCAGAGAGCUGCUGGAGAAGAUCAACACCAUGGUUCAGAGAAAUGCAGGAAGAUACUACACCAUUGAAAUGUUCAGAGAGGCUGACCUCAGGAUUGUUCUUAUUGGGAAAACUGGAGCUGGGAAGAGUGCAACAGGAAACACCAUCAUAGGAGAAAAAGCUUUUAAAGCCUCAGCAGGUUUUUGUGCAGUAACAUCAAAGUGUCAGAAGAAAACAGGUCUGUUUGAUGGUCAAACACUGGCUGUAAUUGAUACUCCAGGUUUAUUUGACAAUAAAAAAACUGAAGAGGAGGUGAAGGAAGAGAUCAGUAGGUGCAUCCCCCUUGCUGCUCCUGGUCCUCAUGCGUUCCUGUUUGUGAUUCAGGCCAACAGAUUCACAGAAGAAGAACAAGAAACUGUCAACAUCAUUCAGAAGACGUUUGGGGAACAGUCAGCAUGUUACACUAUGGCCUUGUUCACCUAUGGAGACAAUCUGGAGAGAGAUGGAGUCACAAUAGAAAAAAUGAUCAAUGAUAAUCCUGAUGUGUCUGACUUCAUCAGUCAGUGUGAUGGUGGACAUCAUGUCUUUAACAACACAGUCAAAAAUCCCUCUCAGGUCAGAGAGCUGCUGGAGAAGAUCAACACAAUGACUGAGAGAAAUGGAGGAGAAUACUACACCAAUGAAAUGUUCAGAGAAGCUCAGAUAGCCAUGAACAAACCAGAAGCUGACAUCAGGAUUGUUCUUGUUGGGAAAACCAGAGUUGGGAAGAGUGCAGCAGGAAACAUCAUCUUAAGGGGUAAAGUAUUUAGAUCCACAGCUUCCUCUUCCUCUGUAACAUCAGAGUGUCAGAAGGAAACGUCUCUCUUUGAAGGUCAAAAACUGGCUGUAGUUGAUACUCCAGGUCUGUAUGAAACUAAACUAACUGAAAAGGAGGUGAAGAGAGAGAUUGUUAGAUGCAUCUCCUUUGCUGCUCCUGGUCCUCAUGUGUUCCUGGUUGUGAUCCAAUCAAACAGAUUCUCUGAAGAAGAGCAAAAAAGUGUGAAAAUCAUUCAGAAGAUAUUUGGUGAACAAGCAGCUGAUUACACGAUGGCCUUGGUAAUCCAUGAAGAUGAUGUGAAGCAGGACACCAUAGAAGAAGCAAUCAAACAUCCAGUUCUCAAUGACUUAAUUAGUCAGUGCCAUGGAGGAUAUCAUGUUUUUAACAGCAGAAAAAAGGAUCCCUCUCAGGUCAGAGAGCUGCUGAAGAAAAUCAACACAAUGACUGAGAGAAAUGGAGGAUGCUGCUACACCACCAACAUGUUUGAAGAGGCAGAGAAAGCCAUAAAUACAGAGAUGGAACGACUUCAGAAAGAAAAUCCAAAGAUGACGGCCAAAGAAGCAAGAUACAAAGCAGAAAGAAGGAACGCGUUUACUCAGGGGAAUUGGGAUGCGGCUAUUACUGGAGCAGCUGCUGCUGGUACUAGAGCUGCUAAGGUUAGUAGUGGAAUUGGCAUUGGAGUUGGAGCUAUACUUCAAGGAGCACGUGUUGCAGGAGCUAGAGGUGCUGCAGGAGCUGUGGGAGUUGGAGCGGGAGUUGCGGGAGUUGUAGUGGGAGUUGCGGGAGUUGCAGCAGUGGAUUUUGCAGUAAAAGCUGCAACUUUGAAAUGGAAAUUGUGGGAUUGUGUUACACAGUAACAUUCAGUAAAAACAUUUGUCAGCAGCUGGUAAAUCAGAAAAUUUAUAAAUAUAAUAACAAUAAUAGUGUGGAGUUCAGUAUUUUCUGAUAAAGUGAAAUAUAAGAUAUGAUACCCAAAGAAGAAAGAAACAGUUUCUUUGGGACAGCAUGAGAGUUUUUGUUCUAUAGUAAUUUUGAUCAUUUAGCAGUAAAGAAGGAAAUAAAGAAGGAAGAAAAUAAUCACAACAUAGCGUUAUUGUCUUUGUAAUUCUUAUUGUUAUUAAUUGUUUUUUAUAUGAAAUAUAAUCUUUAGUAACAUCAUAGUGUGUAUUAGUGUACUGAAUAAUCAUUACAUAAUCAUUACUGAUUAUUAGCUUAUUUGUAAUCAUUGAAUUCCAUAAGUCUGUCAGGUUAUGUCAACACGUUCUCACUCCCUAAGCGUAACAUUUUACGCUAGGUGACAAAUCGUCAACAUAUUACGUUUUCGGGCACCCAACGCGUUCCUACCUGACGACAUCGGAAAACUGUGGACACAUGAGAACCGUUUUGACUCAAUCUACACAUCUUCGCUUUUCCCUUCAAAUCGCUUGGGAAAACACUAUUUCACCUCAUUAAAGUGCUGGUUAUGGUUAAGGUUAGGCAUAAGGUUAUGGUUAGGCUUAGGGAUAAGGUUAGGUUUAGGGCUGCAAUACAGGGCUGGAACUCGCCGCGUACCAUAACAUUGUGAAAGGUCACCUUUCGCGUUCCUCAGGAACGCUGCGGGACGUGACAAAACGUCGGGAUGUUACGCCUCGGGAGUGAGAACGGGCUCGUUAUGUACGAUGUGUUUUGAAGCU